CCGGAGCCGGUUGGGUGCGGCCCCAUGUCCAAAAGCGCCUGCUCGUCUCGGACCGGUUUUAUAUUUUACGCCUAAAGGUGAAUUCGAGGGGAGCGACCGGCUCUCCAAUCAGAGAAGAGCUUACUAUUAUGCAAAUGCGGCGUUAUCGGAUUCACGUCAGCAGCAGCAGCAGCAGAGCCGCUGCGUCGUGGUCGCCAGCAGGAGCGCAACUAACAACACGGUCACAAGUUCGCCCGAAAAACACACACUGCACAUCGACGGCUGGAGUUUCACUUUGGCGUUCGUUUCAGGGACACAAUAUUAUGGACCUGCUUUAGCUACCAGUGAGGCUGAUUUGGGACCAGCUCCGAUCCAGUGGAGUUCCACAGGUUCCAGUCACGCUCCGGGCUCUGCCAUGGACUUCUUCAAUGACCCCAACCUCUUUGUGGGAGGACUGGAUGGGCUGGACGAGGAUGGCUUCCCGUCAGCACCAUCGCUUGUGGAUGAGCUGAACCUCACUGCGGAUUUCGAGCCGCUCCAAGUGGAGCCCAUAGACCCAGGAAAGCACCCGGACAUGAUGCCACCAGUUGCCACCCAACAAGACAUGCCGUCAUACAGUCAGCAGAUGGGUCACUACAUUGGCAUUAAGGCGCAGACCCCUAUGGGGCAGCCAUUUUCCAUUCCUGCAGGCACAGGGGGUGGAGGUGGUGGCAUGAUUGCAGAUCAGCAUGCCCAAUUCCAUAGUGCUGCCAUGGGCCAAGUACCUCAAUCCAAUGGGCUCUUCUGUAACAGUAGCAGUCCAAUGUGGGGCAACCAAGACCAGAAUGGGAAUAGGUACCACCCCUUAACUCAACAGCAACAAAGGCUUUGUCAUCAGCAACAGCAACUGCACAACCAGCAACUUCAUGAAAGACAACAACAAGCACAACAAGCACAACAGCAGCAACGCCACCACCUGUGUCACCAACAACAAGAGCAGCAGCACAGAAUGCAGCAGCAGCAGCUGCAACAACAACAACAACAACAACAACAACAACAGCAGCAGCAAAGACAUCAGCAACAGCUGUUAAACCAGCGGCAGCACCAACAAAUUAGCACACCAACUAUGUCCCUGCAGCAGCAGCAGCAGCAGCAGCAGCUUCACAGUUUCUCCUUCCACCAGGGAGGGCAGUCCCAGAGCCAACAGCAGGUUCACCAUGCUCAGCAGCAGGUUCAGCACCAGCUAGCUGUAGGAGGACCACGGUUCCAUUCAAGGAAGUCGUAUUUGGAUAGUCCAAAUGCAACACUGGGUGGGGCUUGCUUGCAGCCACAGCCGCAGCAGGCUACCUACCAGCUGACGAGCGCAGGUCCAGCCUUCUCCGGAUCGGGCUCGGAUGACCCGAACCUGCCGUUCCCCAUGCAUUCGUCGUCUAUGAUUCACUCCCUGCCCACGUGCACGGUCGGUUCUGCUGCCGCUUACCAAGUUGCUCAGUACCCCACCUAUCCCGGCGAGCCGGAGAUGCCCGGUCUCGGUCAGCAGCCCAUAGCCUCCGUGUCGAUGCCCAACGCCACCUCUGCACCCCUCGCUUCUGCAGUGCCUGAGCUGCCCGGGGCAGUAUGUCAGUUUCCAUCCCCAGUAGUUAUGAGGAACCCGGUGGAUGAAUGUGCUUUCCGGGCCCUACGUUGCUCCGGGGAAACCCAAGGGAACAAGUCGUCCGAGAUGUUUGGCGAGUCGAUGAACUGCUUCCCCAGCAUUGCUAGCCAGCUGCCCUCUGAGCGGCCUCAGAGCUGCGGGGCCAUAAACACAAAUGGAUACCGAGCGUUGGGAGACAGUCUCCUGCCAUCAAAGGCUCAGGUUGGAGACUUGGAGGGCCUGGAGCCUCCUGACCUCCUACCUGACCUUUUGCCCCAGCUGGCAGCUGCCCUCAGCCAACAGGAUGAAUCCAACAGUUCCUGGGUCGAUUCUAGCCAAGAGAGGGGACAUGGGCAUGGCAGACCGCCACCUGUUGAAUACAAGCAAGAAAAGCCUCGAAAGAACACAAAUGGUCCCGUCAGCCAAGUUCGGGUCCUCAGCCCCCCAGUGAAGAGCAGCUCGUCGUCGUCCUCCUCUUCCUCGUCGUCUUCGUCCUCAUCCAGCUCCCCGUCGGAGAAAAGGACGCCGCGGAGGACGCAUCAUCAGAUGGAGCUGGCUACACAGGACAAGCAGGAGAAGGCUAAUCGGAUAAUAUCAGAGGCCAUAGCGAAGGCCCGGCAGCGCGGGGAAAAGAACAUCCCCAGAGUCAUGAGUCCGGAGAGCUUCCCCAGCUCUUCAUCGCAGCACAAGCACCGCAAGCGCGAGCACAAGAAAGGAAACGGCAAGGCCCGGCCCAAAGAGAAGGCCUGUAGGAAGGCCUGCAUCGUGCCCUCCGCCAAGCCCAACAGGAAGGCAAAGAUUGGGAAAAUAGUCAUCAAGAUAGGGAAGAGGAAGAAGCGAAAGCCGGAGUCUUCGGAGGAUUCGGACGAUGCCCCCCACCCUCGACACGCCGCUAAAGAUGACGACUCCAAGAGGCGAUCCAAUCGCCAGGUGAAGAGGAAGAAAUACUCCGAAGAGCUGGAGGCCAGAUUGUCGGAUGACGAGGUCAAGGUUAUCGUCAAAGCCAAGAAGACCAACGCUGCAGCGUCCAAGUCUGCUGUUCAACUCUUUGUAGAGAAUCCCAGCGAAGAGGACGCUUCCGUUGUCGACAAAAUCAUGUCUUCUCGCAUCAUUAAGAACGAGGUUUCUCCAGGAGUGGUGGUCGAAGGGGAGGAGUUUUUUGUCAAAUACAAAAACUACUCCUACCUACACUGCGAGUGGGCCACCGAGCAGCAGUUGGUGAAGGACAAGAGGAUUCAGCAGAAGAUCAAACGUUUCAAGUUGAAACAAGCGCAGAGGGCGCUCUUCUUCGCAGAUAUGGAGGAGGACCCCUUUAACCCGGACUAUGUGGAGGUAGACAGAGUGCUGGAGGUGUCGUAUUGUGAGGACAAAGACACAGGAGAGGAGGUGGUUUACUACCUGGUGAAGUGGUGCUCUUUGCCUUAUGAGGACAGCACCUGGGAGCUGAGGGACGACGUCGAGCAGAGCAAGAUCGAGGAGUUUGAGCAGCUGCAGGCAGUGAAGCCAGACUUGCGCAGGACGGAGCGGCCCCCGGCCAAUCUGUGGAAGAAGAGGGAACAGUCGAGGGAAUACAGGAACGGCAACAGCCUCAGGGACUACCAGCUAGAAGGGGUCAACUGGCUCCUCUUCAACUGGUACAACAGACGGAACUGCAUCCUGGCCGACGAGAUGGGCCUCGGAAAGACCAUCCAGUCCAUCACAUUCCUGGAGGAGAUCCUUCGCGUGGGCAUCAAAGGGCCAUUCCUCAUCAUUGCCCCGCUCUCCACCAUUGCCAACUGGGAGCGCGAGUUCCGUACUUGGACCUAUGUCAACGUCAUCGUCUACCACGGGAGCAUGGUCAGCAGGCAGAUGCUCCAACAGUACGAGAUGUAUUUCAGGGAUGCACAGGGCCGCGUGCUGCGCGGGGGCUACAAGUUCCAGGCCGUUAUCACCACGUUCGAGAUGAUCCUGGGAGGCUGCCCCGAACUCAACGCCAUCGAGUGGCGCUGCGUCAUCAUCGAUGAGGCCCACCGCCUCAAGAACAAGAACUGCAAGCUGCUCGAGGGCUUCAAGCUCAUGAACCUGGAGCACAAGGUCCUGCUGACGGGCACUCCUCUCCAGAACACCGUGGAGGAGCUCUUCAGCCUGCUCCACUUCCUGGAACCAGCACGCUUCCCCUCAGAAAACACCUUCAUGCAGGAAUUCGGAGACCUCAAAACCGAAGAGCAGGUUCAGAAGCUUCAGGGUAUCCUGAAGCCCAUGAUGCUGCGUCGCCUGAAGGAGGACGUGGAGAAGAAGUUGGCUCCUAAAGAGGAAACCAUCAUCGAGGUGGAGCUAACCAACAUUCAAAAGAAAUAUUACCGUGCCAUCCUCGAGAAGAACUUCACCUUCCUGGCUAAAGGAGCUGGCCAGGCAAAUAUGCCCAACCUGGUCAACACCAUGAUGGAGCUGAGAAAGUGCUGCAACCACCCCUACCUCAUUAAAGGAGCAGAGGAGAAGAUCCUAGAGGACUUCAGGGAGGUGUAUAGCCCAACCGCAAUGGACUUUCACCUGCAAGCUAUGGUGCAGUCAGCGGGGAAGCUGGUCCUCAUUGACAAACUGCUGCCCAAGAUGAAGGCUGGAGGGCACAGGGUGCUCAUCUUCUCCCAGAUGGUGCGCUGCCUCGACAUCUUGGAAGACUACCUCAUUCAGAGAAGGUACUUGUACGAGCGGAUAGACGGACGUGUUCGUGGGAACAUGCGGCAGGCCGCUAUCGACCGCUUCAGUAAGCCUGACUCGGAACGCUUCGUAUUCCUACUGUGCACAAGAGCUGGCGGCCUGGGAAUUAACCUCACCGCCGCAGACACCUGCAUCAUCUUCGACUCGGACUGGAACCCGCAGAACGACCUGCAGGCCCAGGCGCGCUGCCAUCGGAUCGGUCAGAACAAAGCAGUGAAGGUGUACCGUCUGAUCACCAGGAACUCCUACGAGCGAGAAAUGUUUGAUCGCGCCAGCCUCAAGCUGGGCCUGGACAAAGCCGUGUUGCAGAGCAUGAGCGGCCGAGAUAACAGCCUGGGUGGAGGCGCCGGGGGAGCCGCACCUCCGCAGCAGCAGCUGUCCAAGAAGGAGAUCGAGGACCUGUUGCGACGUGGUGCGUACGGGGCCAUCAUGGACGAGGAGGACGAAGGGGCCAAAUUCUGUGAGGAGGACAUCGAUCAGAUCCUGCAGCGCAGGACGAAGACCAUCACCAUCGAGUCUGAGGGACGAGGAUCCACGUUUGCUAAGGCCAGUUUUGUGGCGUCCGGAAACCGCACCGACAUCUCGCUGGAUGACCCCAACUUCUGGGACAAAUGGGCCAAAAAGGCUGACAUUGAUACGGAUGAGGCAAACGGCAGAAACAGCUUGGUGAUCGACACGCCUCGCGUCAGGAAGCAGACGAGGCCGUUCAGUGCCACCAAGGAUGAGCUGGCAGAGCUUUCAGAGGGCAACAGCGACAGCGACGACACCAAACCCAAGCUCAGGCGGAACCACGACCGCACCAACAGCUAUGGACGCACGGAGUGCUUCAGAGUAGAGAAGAACCUGCUUGUUUAUGGGUGGGGUCGUUGGAAGGAUAUUCUCAACCACGGGCGUUUUAAGAAACAGCUGACAGAGAGGGACGUGGAGUCCAUUUGCAGAGCCCUGCUGUCUUACUGCCUCGUCCAUUACCGUGGAGAUGACAAAAUCAAAAGCUUCAUGUGGGACCUGAUCGCCCCUACGGAGGACGGACGCACCAAGGAGCUGCAGAAUCACCUGGGUUUGUCUGCUCCGGUCCCUCGCGGCAGAAAGGGCAAGAAGAUGAAAAUCCAGUCCAGCUCCUUUGACAUCCACAAAGCCGAGUGGCUUAGAAAACACAACCCAGAGCACAUGCUUCAGGACGACGGCUACAAAAAACACCUCAAACAUCACUGCAACAAGGUGCUGCUCCGGGUCAGAAUGCUCUACUACCUGAAACAAGAGGUGAUAGGAAGCCAGGCCCAGAGGGUGCUGGACGGCGUGGACUCCAGUGAGAUAAAGAUCUGGGUGCCAGAUCCAGACCAUUCGGAGCUGCCAGUCUUGUGGUGGGACGCCAUAUGUGACAAGUGUCUGCUGCUGGGUGUCUAUAAGCAUGGUUAUGAGAAGUACAACACAGUGCGUGCAGACCCGACGCUGUGCUUUCUAGAUCGCGUGGGACGACCAGAUGAGAAGGCCAUCGCCGCCGAGCAGAGGGGCAACGAUUUCAUGGAUGGGGAUGUGGACGACCCAGAGUAUAAGCCCGCUCCAGCUCUGCUGAAGGACGAAAUGGAGGAUGAUGCCUCUUCUCCUGGAGACUUGGUUGUCACGGACAACGCCGGAGACGCAGUUCCAGUGACAGGAGGUGAGACGUCCUACUGGCCUUCCCCCUCGGUGCUGACCGCCCGGCUGAGGCGACUGAUCACAGCCUCACAGCGCUACACCAAGAGCCGGCAGAUCCUCCAGAUCCACCAGAUCCACCAGACUCAGACUCCGUCUCCGUCGACCAUGAUGCUGCCCGCUCCACUCUGUCCGCUGCCCCCCUCGCUCAACGACACCCUGAACCCCAAGAUGGUCGCCAAGAUUGAACGGCAACAAAGAUGGACCAGGCGGGAGGAGGCUGACUUCUACCGCGUGGUCUCCACGUUUGGCGUAGUUUUCGACCCUAACCUUGCCCGGUUCGACUGGACCAAGUUCAGGGCCAUGGCUCGGCUGCACAAAAAGACUGACGAGAGCCUGCAGAAAUACCUGUGCGCUUUUACCGCCAUGUGCCGAAGGGUGUGCCGCCUACCACCCAAAGAGGGAGACUCUUCGGUGGAUCCUUCUCUGACCAUCCAGCCCAUCACCGAGGAGCGAGCGUCUCGCACACUCUACAGAGUGGAGUUGCUCCGCCAGGUCAGGGAGCAGGUCCUUUGCCACCAGUUACUCUACGAGCGCCUGCCGCUGUGCCAGAUGAGCUCGGACCUGCCCGUUUGGUGGGAGGCCGGCACCCACGACCGAGACCUGCUGAUCGGAGCGGCCAAACACGGCGUCAGCCGCACAGACUAUCACAUUCUGAGGGACCCCGAGCUCAGCUUCAUGGCUGCCCAACGCAACUACAGCCAGACAAAGGCUGCUCAGCAGCAGUCGCGCACCUCCACCCCGCUUGUACACCCUCAGGCCCCGGCGCCCAGCUCGGCGUCGACCGCCUCUCCGCUGCCCCCACCUGCCCAGAGAGAGGCGGAGCCCAGCGGCGUUGUGCCCAAGGUGGAACCGGCCUCGGAGGGGGAGGAGGGCAGGGAGAAGCAGGGGGAGAGCUGGAGCCCCCCUCCGGCACCAGCCACUCCCACGGGGCUGGAGGAGAAGCCGCUGACCGACGCGAGUGACAAAGAGAGGCAGAUGGCGGCGGCCCGGACCAAGCCGCUCACGCCCAACUCCUCCGAGAGGAAACCCAAGAAGGCCAGCAAGAGGAGCCGCAGGAAGGCCAAGCGCGGCUCGGACUCCGACUCGCGGGGCUCCUCCUCAAGCUCCUCGUCGCGCUCCUCUUCCUCUUCAUCGUCCUCCUCUUCUUCCUCGUCACAUUCCGGGUCCAGCUCCUCCUCUUCAUCGUCUUGCUCCUCUGGCUCUUCGUCGUCGUCAUCAUCCUCCUCGUCUUCUGACAGCGAAAGUGAGGGAGAGGAAGGGAAGAAGAAAGUGCCUGUAGCCACCCUGGUUAAGGGCUACGAUGAGGACAGCGUGGCGUCUCUGAGCACCACGCAGGACGAAGCCCAAGACACCCAUGCAGCCGAGAACGGGGUCACCAACAGCUCCUCGCAUCCUUUCCGGGGGGGAGGAUACAUGCUUGCUGCAUCCUACUGGCCAAAGGAUCGCGUCAUCAUCAACCGCCUGGACAGCAUCUGCCAGGUAGUGCUAAAGGGCAAGUGGCCCGGAACACGUCGGGUCUACGAGCCUGGAGGCGCAGUGGCCUCCUUCUACACCACCAAGCUGCUGGACAACGCCAACAGCCUGUGCGAGGACCCCUCUGCCUCACCACAGGGGUCAAAGGUGACCAAGCAUGUUGCAGAAAACAAGGAGUUCUCAGUAAAACUCAACGAUCAGGAAGGAAGUCUGAAGUUGACCUUCCAGAAACAAGGUCUACCUCUGAAGAGGCCCCUGGAGGUGGAGGAGGGACCCCAGGCCCAGCAGCAGUACCUGGCGCGGCUACAUGAGCUGCAAAGCGCCUCGGACACGGGCCUGGCUGACAUCACCAAGCCUCAGUGCAGCUUCCAGACGGCGCCUCCAGGUCUUACUGGUCAGAUGAGGCUGAACGGAGUACCUGACGGUCAGCCAGCGGUGAAGAGGAGGAGGGGAAGGAGGAAGAACGUGGAGGGGAUGGACCUGCUCUUCAUGAAUAGGAGUACAGUCCCUUCUGCUCCUGAACAGGUGCCUCCGGGGUGGGGCGGUAUUGGCCAGGUGGGCGCGGCCUCGGCUUCUGUGCCAGGCUUCAGCCAGAGCUCCACUCAGGCGCCUGCGGACACCGACAGCAGGGUCCCCGUCAUCAACCUCAAAGAUGGCACCAGGCUUGCCGGAGAUGACGCUCCCAGGAGGAAAGACCUUGAGCAGUGGCUGACCGAGCACCCUGGCUUUGUGGCGGACACGGGAGCUUUCAUCCCCGGUGUAAAUAAGAUGCAAAUGCAGUUCCACUUCCAGGACGGGCGGCCCAAGCAGAAGAGGCACCGCUGCAGGAACCCAAACAAGAUUGAUGUGAACAGUCUGACCGGAGAGGAAAGGGUUCAGAUCAUCAACCGUAGAAACGCCCGCAAGGUUGGUGGAGCUUUUGCUCCUCCUCUGAAGGAACUGUGUCGGUUCCUUCAGGAGAACCCCGAGUAUGGAGUCCCACCCGAAUGGGCCGACGUGGUCAAACAGUCGGGUUACCUUCCAGAGAGCAUGUUUGACAGAAUCCUGACGGGACCCAUCGUUCCCGAGGAGGUGAGCCGGCGUGGGCGUCGACCUAAGAAUCCUCUGGCCAAAGCGGGAAUGGCUGCGGCGGCCGCUGCGGCCGCACCCAACCAGGCGGCCUCCGCCCUCGGCCUGAACCCGCUGCUGAGCAACGGCCUCCUCUCCGGAAUGGACCUGAACAGCCUGCAGGCCUUCCAGCAAAACUUCCAGAGCUUGCAGUCCCUGCAGCUCACAGCGGGCCUGAUGGGGCUGCCGUCCGACGCCAGCAACAUGGCCGCCAGUAACUUGGCCGCCAUGUUUCCCAUGAUGUUGUCUGGUAUGGCUGGAUUGCCAAACCUGCUCGGCAUGAGUAGCUUGCUUGGGAAGCCGGCGCAGGAGGGCACGGGAAGCUUCGAGGAGAAGACCAAGGGAACCGCCAGCGGCGUACCGGUGGAGCCGUCUGCCUCUAAAGCCCCCGCUCACACCUCAGACACCAAAGGAGAAAGGACAGAGGGGUCGAACACGACUCCUUCCUCCACUUCCAGCUCCUCUUCCUCUACCGCCGCCCCACAAAGUGCUUCAGCUGCCUCCGCAGCCUCCAGUCAGCCACUGUCCCUUAACCCCUUGUUACUCUCCAGUAUGCUUUACCCAGGGAUGCUUCUCACUCCAGGCCUUAACCCUCCCGCGUCUGCAGCACGGCCGCAGAGCUCAAACAGUGACCCCGACCUCGCUCCUGCACGUCCUCCUCCGCCCGCAUCCUCCCGGUCCUCGACGCAGGAGGUGGAGCGGCUAGCGGCAGAGAGGGGCGGGGAAGAAGACGACGAAGAAGAAGACGACGACGACGACGACGACAACGACGAAGAGGACUCGGUAGAACAAAAGGAGAACAGUGGUCCUGAGUGUUCGGGUAAAGCGGAGUCAUCUUCAUCAGAGUCCGGGGGCUCUUCUUCAUCAGAUGAUUCAGACUCUAGUGAUUAGGAGUGAACUCAUGAAUAUAUUAUUAUAAAUUUAUUUAUGUAUCGCCUAGAAAUGUAUACAUAUAUUCACAUAUAUAUGGAUUUUCCAGCACUUAUGUUACGAUUUCUUUACAUGUAAAUACAAGAACUAAACUAAAAUGUUGUGUAAUAAAGACUACAAAAACCUUACAAAAACAAGAAAAACUGACUAAAAAAUAACUGAAACAAAAUUUCAGUGUUUGUUCACAAGGUACAGUCUUGUUUUGAGACAUUUUGCAUGUCAGACUUUAGUAGAUUUCUGAACUCUGUGAACCACGAUUAUGUACAAUUGCAACAAAAACGGCAUUAUUGUAAUUAUGUCAGGAUUUAAUUUUAUUAAAAAAGUGAAACUACAUCAACGUGCUCGUUGAGCUGUACUAUUAAUAUAUAUUUUGAUUGUUGGGGGCCGGGGGAGGGACUCCUGCAGACGCUUUGGUUUCCCAUGUAAAUAGGCGGUACUUCGACAGGUGCGUUGACACUUAUGCUUUGCAGAUCAUGCGUCGGAUUUGUCAGCAAUAACUUGAGGCAGCUAAUGAAUGUCACUGAAGCUGUAGAUUCACGUUCCACGCCAGUGCACAAGUCACGCAGCCUCAAUGACCGGUCACAUCUCGUCCAGUUCCUUUCUGCAUCAGUUCACAUCGUCUUUGGAAGAGGAAAUAACUCUAGCUUCCACUUUAUUACCGCUUUGAUUUAGUGUGAGUUCUUUUCAAUUCUUCAUUGGAUCAAAGUUUUCUGCUGUUUUUUUUCUCUUUUAUAUAUAUAAAUAUAGCUUAAGUUGUUCACAUUGAUUUCUAAUUUCAGAAACGGCUCAUUUUCACCAUAACCUUACAAACAUGUCCCAACAUGUCCAAGGCGCACUUUAGCUGUUCUCCGCCGGCGUACGCGUUCACCUGCUCAGCUGUUGAUUUGGACUGCGUAGGAGGAAAACAACUCUUACUGUGUGCCAAAAACUGCCCUUUGACCCUUCGCCAAGUCCUGAUUUAGUUUUGUGGUUUCCGUGUCGACGAGUAAUUCAGGAUUAUCGAUGAGGUGGAUUUUACUUCUACAACGCUGGUAUAUUAAACUGCAUCUUACCUCAAAUGUUUUCGAUGGAUUGGCUUCAUUGUUCCGAUGUACCCGCGCAUGGGGUGUGUGUUCCUGCUGUCCAUGUACGUAACGUCCUCGUCUCCCCCCCAUAGCCCCUCCCUCUGUCUCACCUGGUACCUCCUGCUUCCAUAACAUUCCAGUCUGAAUGUUGUGUAUUUAGGACUGGGGGGCUACUAUUACUACCAAGUGUUGUAGACCUUCAAACAACAUUCUGUCGCAUGACCGCCUGUCGACCAAAGUCUUACACAACCUACAUGGCACAAGCACACAAUUGGUUGAAAUCCCCCCCCCUUCGCCAAGAUUGUAGUCAUCGUUGUCGAUUUGAGUAUUAUAUUUUACACAGUGCCAGGCGGGUUUGCUUCAGAAAGGGCUAAAAAAAAAAAAUGUAAAAAAAAACCAAACAAAAUAGCAGCUUGUGUUGCUGGGAGUUUGCAGCGUGGUUGUUUGUGCGCGUUUUCUCUUUGUCUCGACUCUAUUCUGCUGAUGAAUGGAGCUUCAGCUAGGUGUAGAAGUGCCCUUAUCCUGUUCCUCACGCUCUUGUCCAGCCGCUGUCUUGACAGGCCGCUCGUCUCUCGUGUCGGCUGUAACCGGGAUACACGUAAACACUGGAGUUCGCUCAAGCUGCAGUACCCUUUUGUUUGUUUCCAGCACAAACAGUGCUCGCUUCAGGACUGCUGUUCCACAGUGGACUGUUACACCCACGUUCUUCAGAUGGCUGGUUUGGACCGGGUACGACUGAUCCCCCCCCCCCCGCGCUGGAUGAACGCGGCCCCUUUAGUCCAGUAGUGCUGUAGCAUUGUUGUGAACACAAGGACUGAAGACUCAUUUCAAAUUUUGCUUUAAAGGGAUUUCCUUGUAGGCCUGUUGUUUAUAUGUAUAUAUAUAUCUAUAUAAAUAUACAGAUGUAUGUAGAUAUCUAUAUAUAUCACGUCAUGGGUUUUGCUUGCAAUUUCUUUUUUUUUAAAUAUCAUUACUAACCGUACGAGUAUUUUUCUAUGUCUGAGCAAUGAACGUAUUCAUGCCACUGUCAUUUUGUAUAUCUGCUCCUGCGCUGACUUGUAACUCGUAGUGCCCUUAUGCAAACACCCGGCCGUCGCUCCUCCUUCUGCUGUGGGUGUUUUUAUCCAACAACUGUUGCUGCUUUUUGUUGCUGUGGAGCGAUGGGCGGAGGGACUGAUGACCCCGCUGAGCCGCUUUAGGACACAAGUGGAAGGGGGGGGGGGAGUAACUGGUAGACAUACGGUCGGACUUUUAGGAUUUCAUUUUGCCCGUCUUUCCAGUUGGUUUCUAGGUUGCGCCGUACAAGGACUCCCAAAGCGCUGCGCGGUGCAUUUCUGUUAAACACAAGUAAACCAUGACCAAUAUGCAAGAGGAACGGCAAAACACACUACUGCUGCACGGGGGGGCUUUUUCCUUUGUGUUCAUACAUGUAAUCACUGAGAUGACAAAACUGGCAUCGUUGGAUCUGUAUUUUGAUUUAAGCUUGAUAAUACCUUAAUAUCCUGGUCAGUUGUGUUUUUUGUUUUUGUUUUUUUUCAUUGGACAGUUGUAAUAUUUGAAGUUGUGGUCUGUGAAGUCAAAAUAAUUCUUCAUGUAGUGCAGGAAAAUGCGUCUUAAAAUUCAUUUGUAAUUUAUUGGAUUACUUUCUAUGAAGUUCUAUAGAGGAGAUUUGAGGUUUAAUUAUUUUUAUUAAACAUAUUCUUCUGACUAUCAA